AUGCCAGUAACCGUUACCCCAUUAGAAGAUAAGCCUGUCGGGGCCAUAAUCAACCUUCCAGAAGGAUGCGAUGAUCCAUCCACUUUAUCUGAAGAGGACUUUAAAACUGUGUAUGAUGCGCUUAUGACAUACUCAGUUGUUGUGAUUCCAGGCAUGGAGAACUUGAAGCCUGAAUCGCAAUGGAAAUUGACUACUAUGUUUGAUCCAACUUGUGAUCAAACAGGGGCAGCUUAUGGCCAUGGUAAAGAGUUCCGUCAUGAGAAGUCCGUUUUGAGGCGUGAUGGUAUGACUAUCCCAUACCAACCCCAAGUCCAGGUCUUGGGUCAGGGCAGCUGGCCAGCUGGUCACCACGGUAUGGGUGAAUUGACUUUGAGGCACCCAGUUCACUUUGAUUUCCACAAAGAUCCAUUGACAGAUAAGGAAGCCUUCGAAGAAGAUAAGACCAGAUUCUACCGUUGGCACAUUGAUUCAGCCUUGUACGGGCUUUCUCCUCCAGUGGCUACGACUUUGUUGGGUAUCCAUGUGCCACCAAACUCUAGAAAACAAUAUAUCCAUUAUGAUGACACUGGGGAUGUUUUGGAGGUCACUCAAGGUGCUACAGCCUUUGUCUCCGGAGCCAAUGCAUUUGACCUACUCUCUGAUGAAGAUAAAGAGCGUGCCUUAAAAACAACAGUUGUAUAUGCUCCACAUCCUUACAUUUUCAUUUCACCUGCAAGAGCUACCUCUGAUGGGUUGACAAUGGUGUCUGAGGGCAAAGAAAUGAGCUUGGAUGAAUUGCCUCCAUGGGAGGAAUCUAAGAUUAAGCGCUUGCCAUUGGUUUGGACUAAUCCUGUUACUAAGAAACAUCAUCUACAGGUUCAUGGAUGUUGUAUUCAUAAACUUGAACUUCCAGACGGCACUGUCUUGGAGCUAGAAGAUGCUCGUAAAGAAGUCUACAGAUUGAUGAGACCUGCCAUUGACCCAAAGCAUGUGUAUGCGCAUUCUUGGAAUAAGGGUGAUCUAGUUAUUUUCCACAACAGGGGAGUCUGGCACUCCGUCACAGGUCAAUUUAAGGAAGGUGAAAAGAGAUUGAUGCACCAGUGUAACAUCGCAUCUGGUGAAGACCCAAUUACAGUAUUUUGA